AUGACAUCCGAAGCCGUCAAGUCGCAUCCGGAGUACCAACACUUCGCAUCCAUUCCAUGGUGCGCAAAAGUCCUCUCCAAGUUCGACUCGCCCUCCCACGUUGUCCAAGUGUCGGCAAAUAGGACAAUCUUGCCAACAAAAGAGAACUCAUAUGUCGGUGGGACUCUCAACACACCAAACACCAUCACCGCCUGGCUUGUUUUGCACCCGCGGCCACAACCGCCAGAUUGGAAAGUCGACGAGUUGUUUUCGCUCAUUACCCUGAAAGAUGGCAUGAUCGGCUUUCCCGAGGCGGCUCAUGGGGGCGCCGUUGCGUUGAUUCUGGACGAAGUCACGGGCAUGACGAUUGUAGCACAGAGACCCGAAGGCGCGGAACCCAACAAGGACUUCCGGACGGCGUAUCUGAACACGACGUUUCUCAGGCCGGUCCCUGCGCCGGGCACGAUUCUUGUCAGGUCCAAGAUCUCCAAGAUCGAGGGGCGGAAGAACUUCGUCAGUGCGCAGAUAGAAGAUCAGAACGGAGAAGUUCUGGCCAAGGCAGAAGUUCUGUACAUUUCGAUACGAACCAAGCUGUAG